UAUAUUAUUAUUAGAAGUAUUUGUUGAUUUACAAUGUCAAUAUUAUGUUAGAAAACCCAAGUCAAUAUUCAAUAACCCUGGAACUACAUUCAACGUUCUUGUUGCGAUAACAUAUACUUUACUGUGAGGACAAUGGAUGUAAAUAACUCUCAUAAUCAAAGUUAUUGGUUUGUUGUUCGAGAAGAUCAAAGCAAUGUUAUUUUUAGUAGUAACAACUUUACCAUACAAAAUCCUCAAAUUGCAGGUCAAGGAGGUCGUUAUAUUGUAGACGCUGUCGAUAACCGUCAAUAUAUACAUGUUGAUAAUGUUCCCCCUGUGCCGGAAGAUAUUCCAAAGAAUUGUGUGAAAGAUAGUUUGCAUAAAGAAGAUGAAAACUUUUGGGACCGAAAUAAAGUAAAGGUUUUGUUAACACUUUGUCUAGAAAACAGAUUUAGUAGUCCAGACAAAGACAAGAUUGCAUGGAACGAAAUUGCCUUACUUGUUGGCACCACACCUGAAGAAUGUGAUAAAAAAUAUAGGAACUUACGGAGGACUUAUAUAAGACUCCUAAAGAAGAAGAGGCUUGGCAAAGAUAUAAAAUGGGUCCAUUACAACAUUUGUGAAGAAGUGUUUAAAGAUUGUAAGUCAUUGUCCCCAUCUAUUUUUGAACCUUGGGAGGAUUCUAAAGUGAGAAGAUUGUUGAGUUUGUAUAUUGAAAACAUUAAUAAAUUUAGAAACCCAGAUUGCCUUCAGAAAGAUAUUUGGAAAGAAAUUGCUUGUCUAUUGAAUACAACAGAGUACAACUGCUACCAUAAAUUUAAAAAUUUAAAAAGAACAUAUUUUAAUUGGGUGGAAAGGAGUCGAGAAUCAGGUAAGCUUAUAAAAUGGCCAUACCAUCAUUACUUUGAAAGAAUAUAUUUUAAUUACAACCCUAACUUGGGUCCAUGGGACAGAAACAAGAUCAGACUACUCAUCAAUGCAUAUUCAGAAUUGGCUCAUAAAUUUAAGAAUCCUAAGUAUCAAAAGAAAGAACUCUGGAAAGACAUUUCUAAGAAAGUGAAUGAAGCUCCCAGUAACUGUGACCGGAAAUUUAGAAACUUAAAGCAGACUUACAUCAGAUUGAAAAUGAGAGCAGACACGGGCAGGGCCGUCACCAAGUGGAGAUAUUAUAAAGAUUUUGUGGCAAUAUUUGAAAACAACUGCUGUUCAGUGCUGGACGAUGGACACAAUGUAGUGUACAAGACAUUGGAACAGGAUUAUGUGAAACAGCUGCUCAACUUCUACUUAGACAAUAAAAACAAAUUCAAAGAUCCUCUGGUUAAGAAAAAAACCCUUUGGAAACAGAUCGGCCCCAAACUUGGACUGUCCCCGGAAGAGUGUGAUAAGAAAUUUAGAAAUCUCAAACAGACCUACAUUAGACUAGCUGACAAGCUCAAAGAAACAGGAAAAGGGAAUGGCUGGCCUUAUUACGCUUACUUUGAACAAAUCUACGACGAACCAAGCUCUGGAGGAAAAGAGUGUCAUCACAAGUGUGACUUGGACACUAUGACUCUGACAGAAAUAAGAAACCUCGUCCACGACCACGGCCUCAAGGACAGAGACAAGUUUGAUAGAUUGGUCAGGGUGAUUGAAGAUUCCAACGACAUCCAGAGGGAGAGAAAUAAGAUCUUACAGGCUUUAUUGGAUAGAAGAUAGUAUAGGUCAUUGAUGCUAUGAUAGAUUUAUCUUUAUUACAGAAAUACAGAUAAAUACAAGUACUAUAUCAGGCAGUCAGUACAUAACAUACAUAGUACAUAUAAAUUAUACAUGAAACAGUCGUUGAUAGAACCAUAAAUAAUACAUAAUAAGCUUCACAAGAGGGAGGACACAGGGAAUAAAAAUCAUAGAUAGAAUGUUUAGAAAUGGUUUUAUUUAAUUAUUACCGUCCUUAUGCUUUUAAAUGUAUAUGUACAAACAAACUAUAUUAGAUUAUCAGUUUUCAUUCUGAAAUGAGAAUUCGUUAGCGGCUGAAUGAAUCUUCGAGAGGCUACAUCAUACAAAAGGAUCGACGUCAACGGACACCGACCGUGAUCA